CCCGACAAUAACGGCAACAGAUUUAACAGGAAGAAGAUGGACAUCAUCAAGCACCAUAAGAGAAGUUCUAUGGGGGACAAAACAUCCAAAUCUAGGAAGAGUCCCAAACCCUUCACCAAUGUUCAGGGUCUUCCUUGCAUUGAGAAGAUCGUAACCUCAGUGGAAGAUUCUCCAGAGCCCAUUAGCACCAACAUCAUCGGCACCAUCCCAGACUGGAUCAACGGGAACCUCUUGAGAAAUGGGCCUGGAAAGUUUGAGAUAGGUAACCACAGGUUCAACCACUGGUUCGAUGGGAUGGCUCUCCUGCACCAGUUCAAAAUAUCCAACGGGCAGGUUACCUAUAAGAGCCGCUUCCUGUCAAGCGACAGCUACCAAUCCAACAGGGAGCAGAACCGCAUUGUGGUGGCGGAGUUUGGGACCAUCACCAUGCCGGACCCAUGUAAAAACUUCUUCCAGCGCUUCCUGUCAAGGUUUGAAUUACCAAAACCUACGGACAAUGCCAAUGUGAGCAUUGUGAACUACAAGGGGGAUUUCUAUGUCAGCACAGAAAGUAAUAUCAUGCACAAGGUGGACCCCGAGACCCUGGAAACAACACAGAAGGUGGACUGGAGCAAAUUUAUCGCAGUAAAUGGAGCUACUGCACAUCCUCAUACUGAACCGGAUGGAACAGCGUAUAACAUGGGCAAUUCCUACAGCAGCAAAGGCGCGUACUACAACAUUAUCAGAGUGCCUCCAACCAAGGAAGCCGAGGAUGAAACCUUGGAGGGCACAACGGUGCUGUGCACCAUUCCAGCGGAGGACAAAACCAAACCAUCUUACUACCACAGCUUCGCAAUGUCUGAGAACUACCUGGUGUUCAUUGAGCAGCCCAUCAAGAUGGACCUGCUAAAGAUUGCCACUGGCAAACUAACCAGGAAAAGCAUCAGCGAUUGCCUCUCCUGGAACCCAAAACUCAACACCAUCCUUCACCUGAUUCACAAACAGACUGGAAAGGAAAGCUCAAUCACUUAUCUUGCCAAGGCCAUGUCUACCUUUCACCAAAUCAACGCAUACGAGGACCAGGGUUUCUUGAUCAUCGACUUGUGUGCUUCAGACGACGGACAGGCUAUAGCAAACUACAACAUUCAGAACCUUCGCAAGUCGGGAGAGGCCCUUGAUGAGGUCUACAACACCCUGUGUAGAGUCUUUCCUCGGCGUUUCGUGCUACCUCUCAGGAUUGAUCCCUCCACACCCUACAACCAGAAUCUGAUUGACCUGCCCGACUGCACAGCCACCGCUAUUAGGAUUGGAAAGAACAAGGUCUUCUGUACCCAUGAGGACCUCCAUGGGGAGGAUCUCCACAAGUAUGGGGGUCUGGAGUUCCCCCAGAUCAAUUAUGGCAGGUACAACAUGCAUCCAUAUCGCUACUUCUAUGGCUGUGGCUUCAGACACCUUGUAGGAGACACCCUGCUGAAGAUGGACCUGCAAAGGAAACAAAUGAAGGUGUGGGACCAUCCUGGUCUGUAUCCCUCUGAGCCGAUCUUUGUACCCCGCCCCAAUGCCACAGAGGAAGACGACGGCGUCAUCCUGUCUGUGGUCAUAACUCCAAACAAGGACAAGAGUACGUUCCUUCUUGUUUUGGAUGCAAAGACGUUCGAGGAGCUGGGAAGGGCUGUGGUUCCAGUCAACAUCCCAUAUGGCUUCCAUGGAACAUUCAGCAGCACAGCCUAGACACGCCUGCAGAAACAUCCUGAACAUUUCAAAUGUUUUUCGUCUGAAAAUGAAAAAUUAUUUUGCUAAAUAUUCAAUAAUGGACAAACACCCUGUGUGGCUUACUGUAAAUAUGUAGCAUCAAACAUUGUUCUGAUAUUAGUUAAAAGCAUGUUGAUACUUUAAAGGCUUCAAGCUGCUUUACCGUGCAUAUGCUAACAUUGAUGCUACGUUCAGACCACAAGCAGCAGGAGCAGCAAAAUGCACCUCCUCGUUCAUAUUUAAUGCCUGUAAAAGUUUAGUUCUGACACGUGGCUGAUGCAUCUUUGCUGCUCUGGCUGCACGGUGGAAAAGUGGG